CUAUAAAAAAAGUAAUGAAAUCAGAGAUUGUUUUGAUAAAAAAAAAAUCACAAAAUCAAAUUGUUUCGAUUAAAAAUAAAAACACAAAAAAAAAACAAAAACCUACACGAAGAGCCUCUUCGUCCAUAUUUUGGCAGAAGCCGGACAGAGGUUCGACGGGUUUGGGUUCGUAAGGGACGGGAGCUUAGCGGGACGGGGGCUUUAGGGUCAAACUCUAGUAAUUCUUUCUGAUGUGGAAGAUCGGACUUAGCCGUAACCAUAGAGCAUACUUAGAACGAGACUAGAGCGGAUAGAUUGAGGGAGAAAGAAUUGUAAAUGUGGUGGUGUGAUUUGGAGAGGGGGGGGGGGGGAGGGUUCUAUUUAUAGAGAAGGAUGGGAGGGGUUGCGCAGAUUGAUGGGGAGCAUUCACCGCGUCCCUCAAAGGCGGUGAAUGCAUCGCAUUCCCAAAACCGGUGCCUGACGCGGAUCGAGCAGACGUGGCGUGCUGUGAGGCGUCGGAUCUGGGAAGAAAACCACGAUCCGCGCCUCACCGCAUCCAACGGCCACGGUGAGUGGGUCAACGACGCGGAUCGCUGACGCAAACAAACACGCGGUAUUCACCGUGUUUGUCUAACGCGGUGUCCACGUCAGCGAUCCGCGUCGCUUCAUCGUGGCAAACAAAAGCGGUUUAAUAUACACUGCGUUUAAUUAAAACGGUGAUCUAUUCACCAUUUGUCUCUAAAACGGUGAUUGACUCACUCGUUGUUCACCGUUUUAGAGAAGAACGGUGAAUACGUCACCGUUUUUUUUUUAUGGUGAAAUAUUCACCGUCUUUGUCAAAUGCGAUGAUAGGCUUCACUGCGUUUGUCAAACAUGUGUACUUUGGGAAAUUUUUUUAUAACUUAUGUAUUUUGGGAAAUUUUUUUAAAAACAUGUGUAUAGUGGGAUUUUUUCCCUAAUUAGAUCGAAUACCCAUUUAUUUGGGUUUAAUUUUCAUAAGUUAAUUAAUAAUUUAAUGAAAAUUUGUUAAUAUU